GACGUGCGGGGGGAGAAAAGGGAAACCCCCUAUAUGGAGGAAGAGGAGAGGUAGAGAAGGGUUGUCAUGGUGAAGCCUCGAGAGGACAGGAAGGAAGAGGAGCUAGGAGAGGCCCAACAAAGGGGAAAAACGGGACAAAAGAGGCUUCUGGGAGUGAAUCCGAGGAAUCUCAAACAUCUAAGAAGAAAAUGAAGAAGGAAAAGAAGAAGCACAAGAAACAUAAAAAGCACAAGAAACACAAACACAAGAAGAACAACCCGAAGGGGGCUGAAGGAGAGGAUUCAGACAGCCAAGAAGACCUGGAGGCCCUGGAGAAACGGUUAAGAGAGAGGGCGCUGCAGUCGAUCCAAUCUAAAGAGGAAGUGGAGCGUGAACGACAACUCCGAGAAAAGGCGCUACAGUCAAUGAAACGUCGCAGUGGGCCAGACAGCAGUGAUGACGACUCAGACUGAAGUGAUGUCACCAUGUGAUGUCAUUAUAGAAAAUGAUGCCAUAAUGUACAGUGAUGUCACAAUUGAAAGUGAUGUCACAAUGUGUAAGUAAUGUCACAUUGUAUAGUGAUGUCACAAUGUAAAGUGAUGUCACAAUGGAAAGUGAUGUCACAAUGAGAAGUUAUAAAUGUAGGGUGAAAUCCCAGGUUGAAAUAAAGUCAAAUUCCCAGUGAAUGUGGAAAUCCUAUAACAUUAAAGGAAUAAUUAUUUGAAUUUCUUGCAUCAUAAAAUCAUGAUAACAUUAGUGAAAUUUUUUUUCUUGUUAUGAAAUGUGACAUUGACUGUGUGGGGAUUAACCACAAUUGAGUUAUACAUUAUUACUGAUAAUUUCUUUUAUUAAUAUUUAAACAAUAUUGCAGACUUGAUCAGUGAUUUAAGAAUCCAUUUAGAGUCAUUUUGCUUGUGUCUGUUUAUUCUUAUUUUAGUAUGAGAAAAAUUUGUCAUUCUGCUGAAAGCAUCAUGUUUGGUCUAUGAAAUGCUGUAGAUAUUUUGUGAUUUUUAGCUGAUAAUCUUGUUGACUCUAUAAUGUGUGAGAGUGGAGAAGUGGCUUUCAUUUUGUAGACUUGUAUUGCUUAAAUCUUAAAAACAAACAUGAAAAUACA